AUGGACGUUGUUGUGCUAAGAGCUGUGCGCGGUCGUGACGCUAGACUACCUUGUGGCCAAGGAAAAGUCUUUUUGGAUGGUCCUGACUCUUAUGUGCUUUGGCUGAAAAACGACAGAGAUUUCCUGUACAGAUUCCCCAAUGAAGACACAGAGAGAAGGUCAGUAAACCAAGACCGUAUAUUUGGCACAUCAUGUGAUUCUGGCUCGUGCCAUGACGAUACUUCUCUUCUUCUUAAACGUGUCUCUGAGCAAGAUGCAGAGUCACCGGGAAUGCCCAGAAUUUACAACGUGGCGGGUGAAAUAAUCGAACAAGGACACAUAGGCCCGUUAAGCAUUGGUUCAGAUCUAACGUUAAUCUGCGAGGUUGAUGAUGAACAACCAGAUACCCUAGUUUAUUGGAGGCGAAACGGUAUUGUGAUUGAGCGCGCACACUCUGCGCGACCGGGCGUGCUUCGAGCUGAAGUUCAUGUACACAACGCAACGCGUGACGAACUCGAUGCACAUUACGAGUGCCUCGCGCAGAACGCAGAUGUCACUGACCCACUGAGUGCAAGUGUUGUCGUCAGAAUGUAUUUGCCUCCAAUCAGCGUGGAAAUCCGGUUGGACCACAACUACGACUUCGAGGCUGGUCAGCCGCGAGUGGUUGAUUGCGUAGUCGUUGGUUGCGUUCCGCCACCAUCUGUGACUUGGCACUUAGGUGAAAAUCUGCUGAGACCAAGCGUACACAAAGAAUUACAUGAUGGCAACUAUACAGUUUCGUCACUGACAUUGACACCGGCCUUGAGGGACAAUAAACAUGACUUGACGUGUAGCGCGCACAACUCUCACUUGCCGAACGCUAAAUUUGAAGAUAAAGUCACUUUGAAUGUUGGAUAUCGGCCUCUGUGUUUAACGUCACGUGAGGAAACGAUCGGUGCAGUGCAUCAAGAAGCCGAGACUGUAACUUGCGUGGUUGAAGCGUCUCCAGAACCAUUGCAGUUCAGUUGGACUUUUGCAGAUUCCAGAACCUUAUACACCAGCGUAAAGAAAGUUCCUGGACACCACCAUCGUUACUCCUCCACUUUGACAUGGCUACCUCGAGACGGGGACUUUGGGUUGUUACUGUGUCGAGCGACAAAUAGUUUUGGGGAGCAGAAGAAGCCAUGCUCAUAUGCAGUUGCGGCAGGUGGACCACCACAUCCUCCAGACUGUGGAUUACUACGUUCAUACCCACAUACCGUACGAGUUCAGUGUCAAAAAGGAUGGGAUGGUGGGCGCUCUCAAGUAAUUCACUUAGAGCUAUUUAGUGGAUGGGAUGGUGGGCGCUCUCAAGUAAUUCACUUAGAGCUCUUUAGUGGUGAUGGCACACUCUUACACAACGUGUCUAAUGCAGCCGGCCACUUCCAUUUGCCAGAUGUAGAGGAAGAUAGGAACUUGACGGCCUUUUUAUACGCCAGCAAUGUAAGAGGAAGGAGUUUAACAAAAACGAUCUAUCUACAGACAAUUACACCUUUAAGCGCAUCCGCAAUAACAGAAAACACUACGGCUGCAACGUGGACGUGGUGGGUGGAAGCCACCGCUGGUCUAGUAGCUGUCGCCGUGGCAGUUGCCGCGACAGCUUUCUGUGCACGAGCCAUUAAAAUCAGACGUGAAAAUUCAGAUAACCCUGAUUUAGUUCCUCGGUCUGAUGGUGUUUUCCAUCGGGAGCCAGAUUUCGUCCGCGAGGAGCGCCUGGUCGGCACCACCAACAUUACGGUUAAUCAAUUAGCAAGAUGUCAGAAUCAAUAUACAUCAACUCCCGUCCCCUCUUGCCGGGUGUUAGUCGGAUGCGGUUCGCGUUCUCCACUUCAAGACACCUGUCCGGCUAGCCAGCACUCCUACUACGUCUAG